CUUGUGGGGGAAGGCAAUGGGUCCCUGUUGGUCUUGGGCCAGCAGCCUCCCUCUCACCUAGGGACACAUCACCUAAUCUCCCAGGCAAACACUGACUGCACCAACUUUGAUUUCUGGUCUGCCUGGGCCCAGAAGACUCUGCCCCAGCCUGGGCCCAGCACUGCAGCCGUGAUAGAAGAAGACAUAGAACAAUGGCAACAGGUGUUCCAGGAGCUGAUCCAAGAGGUGAAACCGUGGCACAAAUGGACCCUCAGACAAGACAAGGACCUUCUUCCUGAUGUUCUGAAGCCAGGAUGGACGCAAUACCAGCAAAAGGCCUUUGCCAGGUUCCACUGUUCUUCCUGCUCUCGAAGUUGGGCCUCUGGCCGAGUCCUCAUAGUCUUCCACAUGCGGUGGUACGAGAAGAAGACCAAGGGGCAGGUGAAGAUGAGGGUGUUUGCUCAGAGGUGUAAUCAGUGCCCCGAGCCUCCAUUUGCAACUCCAGAGUUCACAUGGGACAAUGUCUCAAGGAUCCUGAACAACCUGCUCUUCCGAAUUCUGAAGAAGUGCUAUAAAGAAGGGUUUAAGCAAAUGGGUGAGAUUCCUUUGCUUGGGGACACCAGUCUCGAAGGACCACAUGACAGCAGCAACUGUGAGGCCUGUCUGCUGGGCUUUUGUGCUCAGAAUGAUUUAGGCCAAGCCUCAAAACCACCGGCUCCCCCGUUAUCUCCUACCUCCAUGAAGUCAACCAGGGAGUCUAAGGUCACUGCCACCUGUAGCAACCAUUCCUCCUCAUCGUCCUCCUCUAAAGUGGAGAAGCCCCAAGCAUCAAAAGUGAACCUCCAAGCCAAUAAUCCUACCACAGAUGACCCCAAGGUUAGCUGCACCCCAAAACCAUCAACUACUCCAAAACUGACAAUCCAACAGCUGCCAGUAGUAAGCUCACCUGCCCCCAGCUGUGUCAUCCAAAUGCCUCCUCCUGUCCACAGCAGCAGAGCAGUAGAUGUGGCAAAGGAGAACACCAGAUCCAAGACCCCAAAGGCAUUGCUCUCAUCCUCUUUAUAUGCCCCACCCACUUCAUCCAAUGCCCCGCCCACUUCUUCCGAUGUCCCACACACUUCCUCAUAUGUUGUGCCCACUUCCUCCUCAUGGAGACCACCAGCAAGCACCAACUGCGAAGUGGAAAGAAGCAGCCGUGUCCACCCACAAAGCCAGUCUUCCUGCUGCAAAGCUUGCUGCGGCGGCUGCUGCGAGAUCUUCGGGUGCUGCUGUGAGAUCUUCUGGGGCUGCUGUGUGGGCCGCUGUGAGAUCUUCAGGCGCUUCUUGCAGUGCUACUGUGAGAUCUUCGGACACUGCUGUCAGGCCUGCUGUAAUUGCAUGUCAGAGAGUCCACAGUGUUGCUUGGUCUUUCUAGUCGUGUUGUUGUUACUGUGGUACUUGUUAUAAAACACAAUAAGGCAGUUUGAAUCGC